AUGCAGGGUUACGCGAUCAUGCUCCUUGCUGUGAUCGUCUUCCGCUUCCGCGUACUCUACAUGGCGCCCCUGGUGCAGACCGCGGCGCACACAAUAUCCCUCGCCCUGGUCAUUGCAGUCGCCUCACACUACGCGGCCGUCCGGCUACUCAAGGUGCUCACCAACAAGGGGGUCCCAUCCAAGGGCAGGAGAGUCAUAACGCGAUGUGACAGCGGCUACGGCAACAGACUCGCUCUGGAGCUCGACCGGCGAGGGUUCACGGUAGUAGGCGGCUGCGUGAGCGAAGGGAGCCCCGGCUCUCCACUCCACAAGGAGCAGCGCAACAUCCACGUUGUCGAUACGGACGUCACGCAGACCGAGUCCCUCGCCGAGCUUGAGAAGUACGUGCGAGCACUGUGCAAGGACGACAGCCACCUGUGGGCCGUCAUCAUCAACCUGGGCGUGGUGUCCCUCGGCGAGCUGGAGUGGUACGACGACCACGACAUGCGCUGGAGAUACGAGGUGAACGUGCUUUGCGUGGCACGCACGGCCAGGGUGUUCCUGUCGUUGCCUCGCAAGACGCCGUACUGCGACCGGCGAUUCGUCAUCUUGAACAGCGUGGGCAGCCGCGUGGCUGUGCUGGGUACCGGACCGUACUGCAUGAGCAAGUACGCCGUGCGUUGCUUCAUCGAGGUUUUGCUCCGCGAGCUGCUCAAGUUCGGUAUCUACGUGGUAGGCAUCGAGCCAAACCAGUACCGGCUGCCCCAGACUGAACCGAGCUCGCGGCUGAAGUCCUACGAGUGCAUGUGGAACAAGCUACCUAACGACGUCAAGAAUAUCUACUCCAAGGGCUACGCGGACGAAAUGGAGGAAAAUAUCCGGCGAGCGAUAGCAACGGAGCCGGACCCGAUCGUGUUGGACGUAGCCAAGGAGAUGCUGGACGCCGUACAAGCGGCGCAUCCCGGCAAGAUUUACCGGCCCGACUCCUUGAGCUGGAAGAUCCUGUACGCGGGAUUUCGUCUACUUCCCGACGAAAUCACGGAUUUCUGGUGCACGCAUAUUUCCGGAUUGAUGAAAUCUGAAUUAAAAAUGAUCUUGCGUCUUUGCGACGAUUGA